UGGGUCUUCACAAAUACACACAGCUGGGAUUAUUUUACUCCCUUGCUCCUGCUUAAACCUCUCUCUCUCUCUCUCUCUCUCUCUCUCUCUCUCUCUCUCUUUCUCUUGUGUUUGACCUCAGUGGGUUACUUUUAGCUCAGGAUUUGAAGGGGAGACCCGAAAAAAAGUGAUUUGUUUCUGCUCUCUGGUGACACCUGGCGGUCAGAAUCGCCAAUCUUCUUCUUCCGCUCUAACUUUGAGGAUUUGAAGAAUGCAAGAAUUUCCCAGAAGGAAAAGAGAUCGCUUGUCUGUCGUUCAUGCAUUAGUCAUCUCGGGGAGCCACAGUUAUCUUGAUUACCAUCUCCGGAUUCAGUAGCCUUUCAUUCCUCUGCCACUCACGCACACAAAAGUCAUCCUCAGGACUGAGUAAGUUGAUCUGUGUGCACCACCGGUCAAGAGCAAUCUGGUAAUUGAACCUGGACUACUUAGGUACGUAAGAAUGCAUAACAAGAUGGGAAAUGCAUACGGGCCGUUUCGAGUCGGGUGAUUCCGAUUUGCAAUUAAUCUGUGGCGUGUGAGUUAAAGAAAAACAGCCAUUUUGAAAUACCACAGAGAUAAUUAAAUUAAUGUUACAUAAAGAAAAUAAAUGGAGCCGCAGUCAUUUGGAGCUCAUUUCCUCUAAAUGUCACCAAGAGGAUAUUUUGUGAACUCUGGCAAGGGAUGAAUGGCGAAGGCGUAUAAUUAACCCCAUAAAAAUCAAUACAGAUCCCUGACGAAUGUAAGCAGAGCUAAGGUUAUAAAAUGGUAGAUAUGAUGGAUGACCAAUGAGCAUUUUUAAAUAAAGUGCCAUACAAAGACUCAUACUCCUUAAAAUUUGUAAUAUUUUGCUAAAGCUACAAACAUUAACAUUAAUUAGGUUAUCAACGUUAUGAGGCAGUCUCUUCGAGGAUAGCCCUGAAUGUAGCUUUAUUCGUUUUCCCAACAACUCUGGGGAUAAUAAACAGCAUCAGGUUCCAUUCGAAGUUCAGGUUUCUGACAGGAAGUAGACUUUUGGUGGGUAUUAUUACCAAUUAAAGACUUGCCAUGCUGAUUUCCUCACAUCCAAACUUAUAGAGUGCUGCCAUAAAAUCAACAGGUGAUACAGUAAGAGGGUGCAGACAUUUUCUUGUGACGUGUUUCAGCUCGUCUUUCUUGACUUAUGUCACACAUUAAAGUUAGAAAAAUGUAUAAAACGUAUAUUUUUGGUUUAAUUUUUCUUAACAUGGUUGCACAAAUUUGCGUAAAUCCUCUAUACAUGCAGGUAAAAGGGAGCGGAAAAAACGUUUCAACUAAUUAAAGUGCUGUAAUUGUACUCACUCUUUUUUGAGAGCGCUCCACUGUCACGUGACUAGUAAAGCUUCCCAGCAGCUCAGACGCCGACCCGUCCGUCCCUCGCGGAAUCUAUGCCGUGUCAAGUUGCCAUGGAGACCAUUUUUGUUUUCUUCCCCCACAAAGCACAACCUUCCCCCUCACACCAAGUGAAAGGUUGUGCUUUAAAGUUUGUAUAGAAGCGUUUAUGAAUGAAGACUGGGAACCAGUGUGGCUUGUCGAUGAGCAGACAGAGGUUUUCUAAGGCGGGUUAACAGCAGAGACCAGCUAACCUGUCUGUUCGCCCUGUUUACAGGCUCUGAGGGACGCCAGAAUGAGCUGCGCGGUGGCAACGGGCCGUCUGCAGGUCCUCCAGAUCUACCGCCUGCUGCAGUGGAUCCACAAAGGAGAGAAGGAUGAGAUCCAGAAGAUGGUGAAGCUUGGGGUGAAGAACCUCAUCAACCUCACCGAGCCACAGGAAGGCCUGGGGGUGCUCCACCUGGCGGUUUCAGCCAACAAUAGCGACCUUGUUGAGUUUCUCCUCUCCCUUGGAGCACAACCCGAUGUCCAAGACAAGAUGGGCCGCACGCCCGCCAUGCUAGCUGCCGAGCUGGGGAACGAGGACAUUUUAUCGCUGCUGUUCCAGAAACAGCCCGACAUGAAACUAGUGGACAUAAAGGGCAAAGGCGUGCUGUUCUACUGCAGCUACCCCACCAAGCGCCACGCCCGCUGCCUAGAACUGGCGCUGAAGAACGGGGCCGAUCCCAACAACAUCUCUUGUAGCGGGGUUCACGUUCUUAGCAUGAUGUGUGAGAAAGCUAAUGAGUGCACCCCCUUGUGCCUCGCCCUGCUGGAUGCUGGUGCAGACCCCAACGCGGCAAAUGAGACAACGGGUGUGACGGCGCUGAUGGAGGCUGCCAAGACGGGCUCCCUGCCAGUUGUUCGGCAAAUCCUCAGGAGAGGUGGAAACCCGAACACCCUGGACCAAAACGGCUACAACGCAGUACACUACGCCGCCCUGAGUGGCUGUUUUGAGGUAAUCAUGGUGCUGUCAGGAUUUGCAGCAGAUAUGAGUGUGAUUAACAUGGACAACUGUACGCCCUUACACUACGCCGCCGCCGCAGGCAAUGCCCUGUCCUGCAAGUUCCUUGCUCAGAGAGGUUGUAACCCCAAAGUGAAGAACAAGGAAGGUUUGCUGGCACGUCAGAUUGCCAAAGACUUCGGACUCAAGGCAGCGAUCAAGGAGCUGAAGAAAGCAGAGAGGGCAUUUGGGAAAAGCAAAAAAUCCACUGGUGGCGGCAUGAUGUCAGAUCUCUGGGCCCUGACCCUUCACGAUUGGUCAAACGAGUACCAGGCUGAAUUAGUGGAAGCCUUUAGGGACCAAUUUGGCAAUGCUGACUUAGACACCUUCAUGUCCGUGUUAGAGAACCUGGGUGCUCCGGUUGAACCAGACCAACUCGAGAUGGUCUUCUCAGCACACAACAAGAAGGGGGAGGGCCUGAUCAACGUGAAUGACUUUGUCAAAGGCACCAAGUACAUCAAGAAAGUCUUCCGUCUCACUGGGUACACAACUCAGAAGAAAAAGAAAGAAAAGGGGGCUAAGAAGAAGAAGAAGAAAGGCCCGUUUGUCCUCCCCAUACCCAUUUGCACCCUCGUGCCGGAGCUCAAGCCCCGACGGCCCGACGGCGGCCCGCCUCACUUCAUGAUUGAGAAGUACCACAACUUGACAGACGUUCGCCGCUUUGACAACGAGCACCCGCCGCUUCAUCCCAUAGUCAACGACUCGUGGUGGUACAUAGAGAAGCCAAACAAAGUUUACAUCAACAUCAACUACUGUGUGAGGAACGGAGAUUUGGAGUCUCUGGACCUCGCCUUCAACGACGGAGUACCUGUGGACGCUCAGGAUGAAUUUUACAAGACCCCGCUGAUGGAGGCAUGCAUCAGCGGCAACUACGAGUUGGUCCAGUACCUUCUAGAAAAGGGGGCUGAAGUGAACAUGUGUGACCAGUUCUUCUGGACGCCCCUCCACCACGCGGCCAACGGGGGGUACUUGGAAAUUGUGGAGCUUUUGGUGAAUGCCGGGGCCGACGUCAACGCAAAGGCCCUCAAUGACGGCACGCCACUCAUGAGAGCCAUCGAGAGCUCCAGCUUCUCAUGUGUGGAAUUCCUCAUCAACUCUGGGGCCAAAGUCUAUUCAGAGACCAAGAAAGGAGUAACCUGCCUUGAUAUGGCCAGACACUUUGGAGAAACCAGCAUAGAGAGCCUGGUUCAGGAAAAGGUGAACGCGCUGCCAGACCCCAAAAAAGCAAAACCUAAACCUGGUAAAAAGAAGGUGGCUAUUGGAAGGGGUGCUGUGCAUAGCAAGACGAUGACUGGGACAUCAGGGAGGACGCCCACACAGAUGAACUCCAAAAGCAUCAUCCUCCAUAACACCAGGAUCACCACAGGAAAAACUAACACAGAGGAUAUUAGCUUUGUGCCAAAAACCGUUUGGGGUGAACUGCCCACCACCAGCCAGCUGAUGUCAAACAUAGCGAGACGAAAGGGUCGCAUAACCCUGGAGGUGGACUUCGACGACUUGUUGAUCCCUUUCAGCCAGCGCUUCCAGAGAAGGAUCCUGGAGAUAACCAAGCCAAAGACCAAACUGGAGGAAAGCCAGAGACAGAGACAAGUGUCCUAAUUAUGUUACUCUGCUUAUGUUGUCAUCAUCGUUUCCUUUUUAUUAUUAUUUUUUUUGAUGGCUAAUAUGAAAAACGACUUUCAGCACAUGUCCAUCCCUGGGGCUGUGUGAUUUUGAUCUACAACUGAAUUAAAUAUAAAGCCAUGCAGAUAAUGAGAAUGUGAGUAAUCAAGUGAAAAUAAAAGAUUCUUUCCUCUUAUG